CCGAUACUAAAUGAAUCGCUCCUCGACUAAAACAUAAGCUUAGUGCGCUUUUUAACUGCAUUUGAAUGUGGAUGUUGGUCAUGUUGGUAGUAUUUUAUCAGUGAUACGAGAUGACAGGAUAACACUGACAUCUGACAUUUUUAAAAUAGACAGAUUAACAUCGGGACUCCGUGCCGGAGGUGUACUGUUUCGGGAAACAAUUUCUAUUUAUUUCUAUUUUUCCUUUUGUAAGAAGAUUCUAAAUCGGGUUACGACCCACACACUCAAAAUGGCACAAUAUUAUACCGAAAUUGACGGAAGUAUGCUAGAAGGGGGUGGUCAAAUACUUCGUACGUCUGUUUCAUUGAGUGCAAUUAUGGGAAUACCAGUGAAGGUGGUUAAGAUACGAGCGAAUCGCAGUAAGCCGGGCUUGGCGGCGCAGCAUCUAGUUGGUCUCCGGUUAGUAGCCGAUAUGUGUGAAGGAGAACUCAUCGGCGGUAACAUCGGUUCCACUGAGAUCAAGUUUAAGCCUGGUAAAGUGAUCAAGGGUGGUCACUACGUAGCUGACACACGCACUGCUGGUUCGGUGAGUCUUCUAAUGCAGAUAGCUCUGCCAUGCGCCUACAUGGCUGACGGGCCAGUGACACUGGACCUGAAGGGCGGCACCAACGCGGAUAUGGCGCCGCAGGUCGAGUACAUGACCGAGGUGUUUAGAAACGCUAUGAAGAUGUUUGGAGCCCCAUUCGAGCUGAGGGUGAAUAGGCGUGGAUAUUUCCCGAAAGGUGGAGGUAUUGUGACGGUGGAAGUAAAUCCGGUGACCAAGUUCAAGCCUAUUCAAAUCACUGAGAGGGGGUAUAUCAACGCUAUCUUUGGAUGGAGCUUUGUAGCCGGCACUCUGCCUUUGAGGUGGGCGACUCAGAUGAGCGACGGUGUGAAGGAGAAGAUAUGCAGCGUGUACCCGCGCACUCAGAUCACGGCGCUCAAGGAGGACGACAACGUCGCGCCGCACAACUGCAGCGGCGUCAUAGUGAUAUGCGAGACGUCGACGGGGUGUCGGCUGGCGGCGGACGGGCUCGGCAAGCGCGGCGUGGACCCGCUCGACCUCGGCCGCACUGUCGGACUACUGCUGACUGAGGCCAUACUCAGCGGCGUCUGUCUAGACUCACACCUACAGGACCAAGUGAUACUUUACAUGGCGCUGGCAGACGGCAGGUCCGCCAUACGAGUGGGAGAGAUCACCAUGCACACCAAAACUGUUAUCUACAUCGUCGAGUCUCUGCUCAAGAUAAACUUUGAAGUCACUCAGGAGGAUAAGAUGAAUUUGAUCCAAUGUGAUGGGAUCGGAGUGAACAACAAGAACCCACCGCAAACCGCACCCCGUUAAAUGGAAGAAAGAAACGAGACCUAUGUCUGUUUUCACCAACCUAUAUCAACUUUUAACUAAGAGUUACUUAGCGGGAGGCACCUAAACUAACCCUUUGUACUGGUAGGUGUUACUUAUAUGUUAAACCAAAAUGUCGUUAAUUAUCACCUAUCUUAGUUUAGGGGUGCCUUAAAUUUGAUAGAGGUUGGUAAAAACGGGCUCUACAAUUUACAAAUGACAUAUUUGCUAACCCCAACAUAAUAUAUAAUAUUUUAUAUCUUUAAGGAAUAAUUGAAAGUUUUGUUGAUGUUCUGAGCUUAGAACACAAACGUCUUAUUCAUAAUAAAAUAUUACUUUCUUGCAUACACGGUGGACAGCAGGUCAGUCUAUCUUCAACUUUACUGUAUUAAAAUAAAGUCGAAAAUUCUAUUAAUACGGGAUCAUGGGCAGAUUGGAUGUUGAAUCAACAGUGUUGAUAUAUGUAUAUGCCAUUUGAAAGAGAUUGAUAUAUUACUUUACUAGCUUUUACCCGCGGCUUCGCUCGCGUCACAAAAGGAUAAAAAGUAGCCUAUGUGACAUAUACCAAUA